AUGGAUAGGUUAGAAGCAAAUCCAGACAUUCAAGGGGUUUCUGUUGGUGCAAUAUUAUCAAAUUAUCAGCGUGUCCGUGUUGAAAAUGUAUGUAUUCGCUUAGGACUUACACCUAUUGCAUAUCUUUGGCGAAGAAAUCAAAAAGAAUUGCUAUCUGAAAUGAUUAAUACUGGGAAUGAAAAAUAUGAUGUUCAUUUAUGUGGUGAAGGAGGUGAAUAUGAGACAUUUACUUUAGAUUGCCCAUUAUUUAUCAAGAAACUACAUGUUGAAGAAAGUGAAAUCAUCAUGCAUUCAGAUAAUGCAUUUGCAGAAGUAGCUUAUAUUCGAUUAAAAAAAUUAGUUGUGAUGGAUAAGCUGGCCAGCACUACUACGAUGACGAACUUGAUUAAAGUUCCCGCAUGGAGUGAUGGCUUUGAAGAUAUUUUAAGUAAGAUAGAGGUGUUUAAAGGCGAGAAUGUAUUAAAUGCCGCUUCGAGAAUAGAUAAUGAUUACGUCCCAGAGAUGAAUAAUGAUUACAUGGAUCUUUACACUGUGCAUUCAAACUCACCUUAUUUCGCCAUCUCUGGAACUACUGCUUACGACCAUAAAAGUUCUCAAACCAGUCAAUUUCAGUUAGAUACGAUUGAAGAAGAAACGCAUGUGUGUAUGAAGAACCUUGAAGAAAGAUUGGUUAAAUUAGGAUUAAACUGGACCGAUGUCAUAAAUAUGAACGUUUUUAUCAAAGAUAUGAAUGAGUUUGGAAGAAUGAAUGUUAUUUAUAAAUCAUUUUUUGAUAUAAAUCCACCAACAAGGACAUGUGUUGGAUGUAAUCUUCCAUCUCCGGCGAAGAUUCAAAUUGAUUUAAUUGCUAUAAAAUUUAGAGAUUAUUCAAACAUUAAACCAGUAAACACUAUGCAUGUCCAAAGCAUGUCAUAUUGGGCACCUGCAAAUAUUGGGCCUUAUUCUCAAGCUAAAAUUAUAAACAAUCAUGCAUUUAUAGCAGGACAGAUAGGCUUAAUUCCAGCAUCUUUAAGAUUUCCAACCCCUCUCAGUCUGCAUUCCCAAACUAUACUUUCGUUAAAAAAUUUAGAAAGGAUCACGUCAGUUCUGGAACUAGAUGUUUGGAAAUUUUCGGUGGGGUGUAUAUGUUUUGUCGAUGAGGACACGUCUUUUGAAGUGGUGCAACAGGCUUGGAAGUGUGUUUGUGAAUGGAGGAAGGGUGAUAAUUGCUAUAAAGUACCACCAAGUCUCUACAUUACUGUACCGUCACUUCCUCGGGAAGCUAAAGUUGAAUGGCAAGUUUUGUUACAUGAUGGAAGAAUAAACCACAAAAAUUAUAAUGAUGAUUUGGAAGAAGGUUCAGGAAUUUUAAAACAUGAACCUAUCACAUGGGAAGAUACUUUGGACACGAAAGAUUUCUGCAUAAUAAAAAUAACUACAUCGUUCAUAAACCCAAUACUAAAUAGUAUUAUAACAAUCAGAGUUGAAAAAA